ACACUCGCGCGCGCGCGCGCGCCCCCUCUCACGCACCCGCAUAAGCCCCGCCCAUCCUAGCCCUCCUCCUCCAGCGGCCGUGAGGAAAGGCACGCCCCCUAGCACCAACGCGACACGCGCGCGCAGUCCGUUCCUCCAGGCGCGCCCCGAACCGGCACGCCAAGCCCCGCCCCCCCGCCGCUCAGGGGAGGGGAAUGGGCCGCGGCGCUCGCAGGAGCCUGACCAGACACGUUGGGCCCGUAUGUUGAUUCGCUUCCCUUCUCCUUCCCGCCCUCUCCAGGGAACGGAUUCGAGAGAUUCAAGGAAGAGAGGGAGGGGGACGUAAAAAGAGGAAAAUGCUCCUUUACGGCUCGGGGGUGGCGCUUUGCGGCUGACCUUAGCAACGGAGAGCGUUCUGCUGCGGAGAAUGAGGCCAGUGACAGGCUUUGGUAUUUCCCCGACUGCUGUGACGCCACCUGUAUAGAAUGGACCCUGUUGUCCUAAGCUACAUGGACAGUUUGCUGAGGCAGUCAGAUGUCUCGUUGCUGGAUCCUCCCUGCUGGCUUAAUGACCACAUCAUCGGAUUCGCCUUUGAGUACUUUGCAAGUGGCCAGUUCCGCGACUUCGCCAGUCAAGUGUGCUUCAUUGGCCCAGAGGUGGCUCAGUUCAUCAAGUGCACGGCCAGCCAGGAGGAACUAGCCCUGUUCCUUGAGCCGUUGGACCUCCCCCACAAGAAGGUUGUGUUCCUGGCCAUCAACGACAACUCCAGCCAGGCUGCUGGUGGCACUCACUGGAGCCUGCUGGUUUACUCCCAGGACAAAGACUGCUUUGCUCACUACGAUUCUCAUACCAGGAGCAAUUCUGUCCAUGCCAAACGGGUAGCAGGGAAGCUGGAGGCCUUUCUCGGCCAAAAAGGCAAGAUUGCUUUUGUGGAGGAGAAGGCUCCUGCCCAGCAGAACAGCUAUGACUGUGGGAUGUACGUUAUCUGUAACACAGAGGCCCUGUGUCAGGAAUACUUCCAAGGACAGCAGGAGCCCGUGCUGCAGCUCCUGACUCCUUCUUAUAUAACCGGUAAGAGAGAGGAAUGGAAGAAACUCAUUGCCGAGCUUGCUCGGAAGUGAGCUGCCGAUCUCCGGCAAUUGCCCCUCUCGUCUUGCCCCCAGUGCCUGAGGGGAGAGCUUGUGCAGGCGGCUUCCCUACAGAAAGAAUGUAUUUACUCCUGCAUUUCUGCACUGCCUUCUUCUGCUGCUAACCAGAAUAGAGUGGAGUUAUCGAAAACUGCAAGCACACCCUCCCUCUUAGGUACUGGACAGUUAUGGCUUGGGUCACUUUCCCCGCUGCCUGUAUCCAAAAGGUUUUCCCCAGCACUCAAGUUCUCGUAUGCCAGUGUGAUCCAUUUCAGUGAUGUCAGCUACACACCGCCCAGGUCUGCCUGUACUUAAUUGGGGUAGACUGCAGUAGCCGUUUUCCUAAAAUCGCGUGUGAAAAUGCCUCAGAAAUACUAGCAAACACAUGACCGUUGAUGUUCCUGCUUUUCUGGUGAGAGAUUGUAGGAAAAGAGCUGCUUGUUGGUAUAAUGUGUUUUGUCUCCCUUGAUAAGCCCUACUGCUGGUGGGUUUUGUUUUUAGCAGUGCUGCUGCUGCUAUUAAUAUUCUAAGACCCUGCACACCUAAAUAGCUACAGUGAUGGAGCUCACUAGGGGGGAAAGCCUCACUUUCUACUCAUAACUCAUAUCUAGAAUAGGAAGAAACACUAAUCAUCUUUUAUGUCCUGAAAGUAUGUGGUUCUUCUAUUGUGGUUUCAUUCCUUUACAUCACUUUAGCACCUUUUGCGCUGGAAAAGUGACUAACAAGUGCAUUAAGCACAUUUUCCUAAACUGUUCAGUAGAAAGCGAGUCCAGUAAAUAUGCCAAGGAUUAUACCUUCUGAACAUGCUUAUACAAAAACAACUCUAGUCUUCCAAUGUUUGUUGGAGGCAAGAGUGGUCUUUGAGGCAUGGAAUUGCAGGUGCUCAGCUGCUGGGCAUCAAGCUAGUGGUUCCAUUCAGCUGCCACUGCCUUAGUGUCUUGCGGGGAGCACCAAAAAACUGAGCCCAAAAAAGGUGGAUAGGUGCUAAUGAAACAUGUUGGGAUUUUUUGCCAAAAAAUUGUGAGGGUUUGUCGCAAACAUUAGGGAAGCAACCGCAAAAGGUGGUGAUGGACUUGCAUGUUUCCAGGUUAACAGGAGGAGGAAAAUUAAUCAUUUGCUGUGAAUAAAAUCCUUCAAUUGCUGGGUUGACCUAGAAUGACUUCCUUCUGCAAAAGGCAUAGCUCCACUGAAGAAAGCGACCUAUCCUGCUGGGUUGCAUCGUGGUAUAGAUGGAGACACAUUCACUAUAUCACUUGUUUUUUCCUGUUGGCCCUAUUUUAUUGCCCCAUUACUGCUAAGGAUGCUGCCUUAACCAUACACACUUAAGUGCUACGCAAGAAAUGCAGCAAACAACCUUUAAGUAACAAGCUGAUAAAUUAUUCCCAGUUUGCACUGACACAAUUGGGGCAGAAGAGCUCUAAUUCUUUGUUCACUUGGAUAGGGCAGGAGCACGAUCAUGUCUGUUCUGUUUGAAAUACCUUCAACCAAAAAUAAAGGGGAUCUUCACUCCAGACAGGUGCGCUUCUGCUUCUUAACGAGGUGGAGGUUCUCUUGCUACCUCCAAAAUGAUCAGGGAAAGGGUGUGAUGUGCGUAUGGCUGUGGGAAUGUUAGGGUGCACACUGCAAUGCUUUCAGUGUGUGAGCAAACUUUUGUGGUUGUGACCAUCGGCCAAAUUUGCAAUGGUGCUUUAAAAGGUUUUAAAGCACAGAAACUACAAUAAGUGUAUAGAUGUCAGAGGAAGGGAAAUGAAAAUUGGCCUCCAAAGACUACUCUGUGGGUAACAAUUUGGUUUAUUGGUACCACAACCUUUUGCUCUGUGCAAGGACAACUGUAAUUCUACCCUAAUCAUUUGGGUGUAGGGCUAAAGAAGUGGUGACGACACACAGAAAAUUGUAAGUACAGCAGCGCUAUUGCCUAUUCUUCCAAGUUUAGUGGGGAUAGAUGUUGCCAAAAAUCACUAUGAGCAUUUGUCCCAUGAGAUGGUAAGGGAAAGUGUGCCAUCAAGUCGAUUUUGACUCCUGGCACCCACAGAGCCCUGUGGUUGUCUUUGGUAGAAUACAGGAGGGGUUGACCAUUGCCUCCUCUCACACAGUAUGAGAUGAUAACUUUCAGCACCUUCCUAUAUCGCUGCUGCCCAAUAUAGGUGUUUCCCAUAGUCUGGAAAAUGUACCAGCAGGGAUUCGAACCGGCAACUUUCUGCUUGUUGAUCAAGUAUUUCCCCGCUGCACCACUUAAGGUGGCCAUGAGAUGGUACCAGUGGCUAAAAUUUGUGACCUGGAUCAUUAGUCCAUGAGUGGGAAACAGCGCUGUAGUCCUGGAUCAAGCACUGCUAGAACAAUGAGGCUGCUGCAGGCUCUGGGCAUUUAUUGCACAGUCCUUUAGCUGCUGCAAAUCGUAUUGCUGAAAGUUGGGGCCUGGCCCUUGUUCCUUUUGCAUCUGAAUUCCCUCCCCACAUAAAUGGAACAAAACUAAAAGACUGGCAAAGUUGCUGCUGCUGUUGCUGUUUCAUUUUAUAUCCCUGUGAAAGAGUAGCAUCAAAUCUUGGAGAAAGCAAAGCACCUGGAGCCUUUGAGUUCAUUUUUGUACUAGCCUUUUCAGAACCUAAGUGGCGCAGCUAUAGGCAAUGGUCAAGGAGGUCAUGAUGUUGGGCAUGCAAAUUAAGGAGAUGCCAGUUCUCUCUUGUGCUCCUCGGGUUCACAAAAUUGGGUCCCCAGCUAGUGUUGGACUACAGCGGCCAUCUUCCGUCACAGUGGCCAAAGGCUGCAGUCCAGAGCUGUAGUCCAUCAUCUGCGGACCCACCUUUGAGAAGCCCCAUGCUUCGUGGCAGUUGUGACCUUUGAUAGAAAAAUCAGUGGUUGUCCUGAACGGUGGUGAAAAGCUGCCUGAACCUGCAGCAAGGCUUGCAGUACAAGCCUCUGCAUGUUUACUCAGCAGUAACUCAAAGUUUACCGGGACUUACUCCCAGGUAAGAGUGCACACCUUUGGGUGAAACUCCUCUUCUCUCUAUGCUGAGAAAAGCAAACAGUUUCAAAUACCAAGGGCGUCAACAGGCAGAGAAAGACAAACACGAUUCUGUACAGAGAAUAUGAACUGUAAGGCUGAGCUGUAACCUUCCCCCCACCCCCUUACAGGUUUUUGCAUACUAAAUGCUUCUUUACAAAAUCUAAGUGUACAGACAGAUGGCCGUCUUUUUGUAAAACACUGUAACUGCAGGAGCUACAGAGGCCACCCUGGUUUGAAAAGCAAUGGCAGAAGCAGCUUGGCUGCCACAACACCCUGACAAUGCAGCAACAUCUGGCUCUCUGCAAAGAUGGAGAGUGCACCCUGGCAGCCCUACACCAGGGCUGUACACCUCCAGCUGUUGUUGAACUACAACUCCCCAUCAGCCACAGUAGCCAGUAGUCAGGAAUGAUGGGAGGUAUAGCUCCACAACAGUUGGAGGGCCCAAGCUGUGCAGCCCUACCUCUAUCAUUACAGAGGAUUCUGGGGUAUUUGUUCAGAUUAUAAAAGGCGGCAAAUAAACUACAAGCUGUGCAAAAGGUUUGGACUCGUACCCGGCUUCUAACAAACCUGUAGGCACAAUUUCUACACGAAUGGCAUAGGAAACCCUCUUUGAAGAAUCAGUGAUCUGAGAGUCUCAAGUGAGCUAAGUUGUCUCUUGCAGCCACUUGCAAUUGAAAGACAGCAUCAGGGUUUAAGAACUUGUUCACAAGUGUGUGUCAAGUGUGGCAUAAAUUUUCUUACAAGUCGUCUUUGAAUCUGACAGAGCAUCUCUUGGGCUAGAAGGAAAGAGACAAAGAUGCUACCGGGUUAGAGAAACAGGAAGGCAGCCAAGACUUCUCCCCCAGCUACUCGCACUAAUCUAACUUGGUUAUUUUGAUCUGGCCUUCGUUUUUUUCUAAAGAAAAGCAAAAUCCCUCAAGAGUUUUGAGUUUAAACUCCAGCAAAGCUCCUGAAGGUUUUCUAGGCUAACACCUCAGCUGCAUACUUUGUCCCUCUCCAGGCAUCAGCAGGCUAGUCAUAGAGAGAUACUCCCUCUUGACCUCUUCCAGUCCUGUGCAUGGAUUAAUAAAGCCUAAUCUGUAAACAUUGUAAUCCUUUUGUUUUUAUUUCUUUAAUUAAUUAAUUUUAGUAAUAAAGGCAUUUGUAUAUUGUUGCUCUUGCUAGCCCCAGACACUUCAUAUAUAGCUGCGGUACAGGAACACCUGCUGGAUUCUACCACUGGGGACAGGUAGGAUAGCAGCACCUGCCCAUUUCUGGUUCCAGCCACAAGGGGCAGUUCUAACGGAAUGAUGCAUGGAGUGGCUGAAGAGAUCGGAUGGGCCCUAACAGUUGCAGUGGUUGGGGAACUGCUUUAACUGAAUAAUUGUGGAUUAAACAGAGAGCUCUUGUCCUCUCUCCCUCCUAGCCCUAUUUGGUCCAGGCAGCUUUCCAAGAUGGAAGGUUAGACAAUGCUGCAAGCAGGAACAGCUUUUUCUUCACUCCUCAGUGCACAUGAAGGAAGAUUGGUAAUAAACCAAAGGCACAGAAUAUAUCCUGCUUUUAGACAGUAGUUCACUAUAUGAAUAUCCAGAGCACCUAAGGUUGACUCAGCUGGCUAGCUUAAGCAGUCUUUAAAAUUGCCUAAUGGUGCCCCCAAUGAAUCAGGUAGCUUUGUUUUGGGUGGCUAGCAUCUUAAGACACAUUCAGUCUCAUUCGUGUGUGUGUGUACACACACGCCUUUUUUCAGAUGAUUGCUGCUACAAUACCUGGAAGUAUCUUAAAACGAAAUACGUGUACAAAUGUAAUAAGCUAUUCUGUGAAUUUAAGUUGACUGAAGUUGUCUAAGUGGGCAAUUGCUAAUAUAUACAAUUUUUUUAAAAAAUGUCCAAAAUAUGUCUACUUGUGAAUACUGGCAGUCUUCUGUGAGAUUCCACUGUCCGCAAACAUGUCUUUUCUCCACUUUAAAGGCAUAGACCAGUAUGCUUUGACAACUGCCUUUAGAUGACUGAAGAUUCAGAGAUAUAGCUGAGUUUCUGGACUUCCAUUGAGUGGCUGAGCUUGUUAUUUAGUAUAACGUAACUUCCAAGGUGUGUGCCAAUGCCUCUAUUUUUAUCGGAUGUGCUAUCUGCUCUGUACAUAACUCCUGCAUCUGGCCACACACAAAUAGAACUGAAUAUUUCUCCAUAUAGUUUCUAUUGCUGCAGGAGAUGCAGCAGUAAGGUAAAGCCGUAUCUGUCGAAGAUUUGAGACUUAAGCUAUGCCUGAAAAGUAAGUAGGAAGGAAAGAAGAACUACAAGGGAGAGGGGAAGAAUCCACUGUUCCCUCUAACAGGGAUUUCCAGAUGUUCACGACAACUCCCAGCCUCCCCCACCAUAAUGGCCUUUGGCUAGGGAUUAUGGGAGUUGUAGUCAACAACAUCUGGGAAUCCCUAUUAGAGGGAACACUGAAGGGUCAUCCACAGAAAACUGGGUUGAAUCCAGGAGAGAUCUGAAAUAAAUGUGAUGAGUAUGCUUAGAUCUCACUUACUUCAAUAGGAUUGAGGCUCUCUAGCUCUUCUCCAGAUUGUGCCAAAUACUUGUGCUGUUUUAUUUAAUUAAUUUCUAUCUAUGUAAAUUGCGUUUGGAACUUUUGUUGAAAAGCAGUAUAUAAAUAUAAAUAUUUGUCAUA